AUGAAGGAGAACGCCGCGGGGAAAGACCCAAACGGAAGGUCAGCAGAUUUGAGCGGCCAAAAUGAUGAUGUUGUGGGGGAUGACGAGUACCCCGAUGAAUUUUCCGAGUCGGAUGAGUUCAAUGAGUUUUCAAAAGGGAGCCAUGAAGGGAGCCAUGAAGGGAGCGAUGAUGGGAGCGAAGAUGGGUGUGAUGAUGGGAUCGCCAAGGCCAACGCCAAGGAAAGCGCCGUAGGAAGCGAUGAAGAAAGCGAAGCAGGACUCCGCUUUGCUAAAAUGAAGGAAGAGGUCCUGCAUGUGCACAAAAAAAAUAUAAGCGGCCUGAAGACAGUACGAAAGGGAAGUAGCCUCAUACUGACGGGCAAUGACAACCGCAUACGCAUAUAUGAAUUUCAGAGUAUGAACAGGGAGGAAAAAAGUUGUUCCAAACUAAUCAGCUUAGCAGAAGGGUCCAUUAUUCAAUCAGUAGAUGCAACAAGUAACCUAAUCUUGGUGGCCAAUGGAAAUAAAUCAUAUGUAUAUGACCGGACAGGGACGCUUGUGAAAAAUACUAUCAGGGGAGACAUGUACAUUACCGAUGUUAAUAAAACGAAGGGACACACGAGAAAUGUUAAUUGUUGUCGCUUCCAUCCAUGUAAUGAAAACAUCUUCGUAAGUGGAAGCCUAGAUAGUACUAUUAGAAUUUGGAAUUUAGAAAAAAAUAAUUGUUACGGGAUCGACAAAGAAUUAGUGCACCACCAAUGCAUAAAAGUGGUGAAUGAAAAAAACAUGAUGCAAAAUAAUAUCCUGUGUUGUCAAUUUGUGCGGGAUGGAAAUUCCAUCAUCUUGGGGUGUGAGAAUGGUCAGCUAGAAGUGAGGAAUAAAAUGUCAAAUGAUUAUAUGUAUAGCCCAAAACCUAAGCAGCACAUCAGUAGGGACAUUUCCCAUUCCGACUCCGUUGUAGACAUUUUAACAUGCAAAAAACGGGACAACUUUUUUUUUACAAGAGGUUUAGAUAACACCUUUAAGUAUUGGGAUAGGAGGAACUUACAAAGGUGCAUUAAAACCAUUGAAGGCGUUCCAACCAUUUUUAAAAACAGUAACAUGUCUUUUUGUGGGAGUGACGAACGGUACCUCGUGCUGGGCACACAGGAAAAGAAGCAAGUGGUGAUGGAUCAGAUGCAUAUAAAUGAGCGUGCUGUAGCAGACCGAGGGGGGAGCGACCAACAUGCUCAUGGAAAGAAUGACGUAAUGCAGGAACGGAAAGGGAAGAAGGGAGCAGACUCAUAUACCAACAAUUAUGUGAAGGUAUAUCAGGGGGAUGAAGACAUGGAGCAGUUCCUAAACGAAGUAGCUGCUUCUUCGAACAAACCGGAAAAGUUCAUAAAAGGUGCACUAAGAAUUUAUGACACGUACGGGGAAGUCUUCAAUUUGGUGCAUGAGAGGCGAUACGAACAAGCAGGUAUCAUAUGCACGCAUUUUAAUGAACACAUAAAUCAACUCUUUUUGGGCACCACAGAUGGGAACUGCCUCGUGUAUUACGACGAUAGUGAGACGGAUCAACACAGCGGUGAGGCGCCCAUAGGAAGGAAAAAAAAAGGAGGAGUCCUUGAGUAUUUAUAUAAAGGUGUAAAACGAAAACAAGAAAGUACCUCCUUUUACACAAACACUGAGCAUAUAUAUAACAUGGAUAAUCUACCCAAGGAAAUUAAAAUAACUGAUGCUGGAAAUGUACUUAUAAGAAAGGACGUGAUGAAUAAGAAGGUUAAAAUGAACCCUAGACUCAGCUCCUUCACAGCCAAUGCAUAUGAGAAGAAGAGGCAAGUCGGCAUGUACUCUAAAUAUAUAGUAGAUGAUAAGCCUAGUGGCAAGAAUUCACCCAGCAGCCAAACUAAUAAGGGCAACGAGUAUGAAGAAGAAGACAUUGUCGCAAAUUUGAGACAAAGAGAACAGAGCAAACAAGGGGAUGAUUAUUUUAUGAAUGUGUACAAAUAUACGCAGCCGCGUGCCAUAAUUGAUUACUCCUCUGGUGAAGAGCAAGAGUAUUCGGAGCUUUUGAAGAAACCCAAGUGCCCCCAGUGCGGGGUUAAGAACUGUGUCUGUGGGUUUAUGCGCUCGGGAAGGAAGCGCGAUCGAUGA